AUGGCGAUCCGCGGCCCGGACGCGGCCUCCUUCUUCCCGCUCACGCUGCUCUUCUCCCUCGGCUUCUUCUGCGCCCGCUUCGUCCUCGACCGCCUCGUCUACAAGCCGUUGGCGGUGUACCUUUUCACUAGCAAGGCUUCAAAGUUGGCGAAUGAUGAGGCCAGGCAAGCAAAGAUUGUCAAGUUCUCAGAGUCUACUUGGAAGCUCACGUACUAUGCUUCUGUCCAGGCGUGGGUCCUCUUGAUAAUAAAGCAGGAACCGUGGUCGUUAGACACAAUGCAGUACUUCGAUGGCUGGCCGAGUCAACCCAUUCCGUCCUCGUUGAGACUUUUCUACAUGUGCCAGUGUGGGUUUUAUAUCUACAGCAUUUUUGCUCUUAUUGCUUGGGAAACACGCAGAAAAGAUUUUGCUGUGAUGAUGUCUCAUCAUGUAGUAACAUCUGUUCUUAUUGGAUAUGCAUUUCUGACUGGAUUUUUUCGAAUCGGGACAAUUAUUCUUGCUUUGCAUGACGCGAGUGAUGUGUUCCUUGAGACUGCCAAAUUGUGCAAGUACACAGAAAAAGAACUAGCAGCUAGCUUGUUUUUUGGGCUUUUUGCUCUAUCCUGGCUCCUAUUGCGUCUGAUUUACUUCCCAUUUUGGAUAAUCAAAACCUCAAGCUACCAGUCCAUCAUAUCCUUGAGGAAGCUGGAUAGAUUCCCAACGACCUUGUACUACAUUUUUAACACAAUGCUUCUCACAUUGCUUGUGUUUCAUAUGUAUUGGGGGAAACUCAUAUUUUUAAUGAUAAUGAGACAAUUGAAUAAUAAGGGAAAAGUUGGGGAGGAUGUUCGAUCAGAUUCAGAGGAUGACGACUGAUGGGGGUUAUUUCUUUGACAACUGUGGUGGGACCUAUCUUUGCUGAUACCUUCCUUGCCAACUCACAAAGUAGAUUGUGUUGGUCUUGGCAAGCUUGUACGAAGAAAGUUUCAUUUCUGUAUAUUGCCUUGUGAUAUCAAAGAUUGCUAGAUCAAGAAACUGAGAAGGUUCUAUAUAUAGCGGGUAUAGCUUGCAACUUACUUGAAGGUCCCUUCAUAAUUUUCGGUUCAUCUUUUUUCUUAGUAGAAAAGGCUUAAGAGGUCGUUUCCUGUAGCUUUUCCCCAAAGCUUGGAGACUCCUCUGUACCAUGAUUUGUAUACUUUUGACUAUGAGUAGGUUUAGAUCUAAUUCUUGGGAAUAAAUUGAUUUUUUUACCGGGAGUUAAUCACACAUGUCUUA